AUGAAGGUCCCACCAAUUGUCCAACCCUUCUUCGCCAUAACGCCCUACGUGAACCUGGUCUUCCUGGAAGAAUCCUGGGCUGACAAUCAUCCGGAGAACCCAAACUCCAAAGAAAACUUCAGGAAUUUCAAGGACGGGGCACUGAUUGACCGCGUGCAUCACACAUACCUGCUUAUGCACACCAACCAGACGGUGGAAUUUGUGCAGAAGAAGAACGAGCAAUACGGUGGCUGCAACCUCCGUCAGAUGACCCUCAUGGAGGCCUUGGAGCUGCUGGACAAUGUGGUGGACGAAUCGGACCCCGAUGUGGAUUUUCCCAACUCCUUCCACGCCUACCAGACAGCAGAGGGCAUUCGGGAGAAGCAUCCUGAGAAAGAUUGGUUCCACCUGGUUGGACUGCUCCAUGACUUGGGGAAGAUUUUAGCUCUGGCUGGUGAACCACAGUGGGCUGUGGUGGGAGACACCUUCCCAGUGGGUUGCAAGCUGCAGGACUCGAUCGUUUUCAAGGACACCACGUUCCAUGACAACCCGGACACAAGGAAUCCUGCGUACACGACCAAGUAUGGGAUUUACCAACCCCACUGUGGCUUGGAAAAUGUCCUGAUGUCCUGGGGUCAUGAUGAGUACAUGUACCAAGUGAUGAGAAAAAAUAAAUUUGCCCUUCCAGAGGAGGCCUUCUACAUGGUGCGCUUCCACUCCUUCUACCCCUGGCACACCGGAGGGGAUUACAUGCACCUCUGCAGCACCAAGGACCUCCAGAUGCUUCCCUGGGUACAAGAGUUCAACAAGUUUGACCUCUACACCAAGUGUGAACAGCUGCCUGAUCCACAGCAGCUGAAGCCCUACUACGAAGGCUUGAUAGCCAAGUACUGUCCAGGCCAGCUGUCCUGGUGA